AUCCACCUUCAUAUCAUCAACAGCUACCCAACUCCUGCCAAAUAUCACAGAAAGCACUUCUCCAUCUCAUCGAAAUGGCACAACAGCAAGCCUCAACCCUUUUCUUCAUCCCCGAGCUCAUGGAGCAAAUCCUUCUUCAUCUCGACAUGCGCACCCUAUUAACCUCUGCCCGGGUUUGUAGCUCCUGGAAUACUGUCAUUCGGGACUCCCCCAAGAUUCAAACUGCAUUAUUUUUCCGACCGAUGCCCGAAACCGAAACCCAGAAUCACCCACGCACGACGAACCCACUUAUCACGCAGAUCAUGUGGCCCCAGUUCUUUAGCACCUAUUUCAACACGGACCCACCACGAAAGAUUCAAUGGGGAGCACCAGUAUCAGCGCUAGCACCUCUCAAGGACAGACUCAUCACGGAUACAAUAAAGCCCUACCUCCGGGCAGAAGCCAGCUGGAGAAAAAUGCUGCUCAAGCAGCCCCCGACCUCGCGGAUUUGCUUUAUCGAGAAUGAAGCAUUACAAGGGACGAUUCAUUUCUACGCGGCAUGGGACCUUGGUCGAUCGAUGCGCCUCGAUGAUCUCGAGAGAUCAAUAGAAGGGGGACGGUUGAUCCCCUCAAGAGAUCCUCUUUAUCUAUACGCAGAUGCGGAGAAGCUUGCCGAUAAGAUGGAUUCCUGGUACCGGGAAGAGAAGAAGACGGCGCUUGAAGAUUUAUUCCCUGCGUGUGAUUUGAUCGUCCAUUCGGAGUCUAAUAAACUCUUUAGCUUUCCUUCUCGCCCUGAUAACGCCGACUGGCACCUGACUUAUAUUUCUGGAACUGAGUUGGAUAAUUGGAUUGAGAGCACUCGUGCUCCGAUACGGCGUUGCAGCGGCAUCGAGCCUGUGUGGACUCCUUCGAUGCGCAAGCGGCAUAAAAAACAGGCAAGAUUGAAGAAGAAACAGGAGAAAGAAGAGGCGAAAGAGAGGAGGAAGCAUACUUGUCCGAAUUGUGGUUAUUAUAACCUUUACUUUGGCUUGGACUUGGAGUUGGAUUUUGAUAUUAGUGGUAGUGAUUCUGGCUCGAGUUGCUGACUGCUUUGGCGUUUCCGGUACCUGGUGCUGCUUUCUUGGGAAUGGGUUGGACUUUUACCAGACGUCUCCGACACAGAACGAGUUCAU